AUGUGCCCAGCUGAUAACAGGUUGGCUUUUGCAGUUUAUAUGUUGACCGGGGAAGCUGAACACUGGUGGAUGAGCAUGAAGUCCAUCAUGGAGGAGAGAGGAGAGCUUGUGACUUGGGAGGCCUUCAGGGGAAAGUUCCUCUUGGAAUAUUUCCCGGACAGCGUCAUAUUUGGUAAGGAGGUGGAGUUCCUCCAGCUCACUCAGGGAGGAAAGUCUGUGACAAAAUAUGCUGAGCGGUUCAAACACCUCAGCCGCUUCUAUACGUUGCCGCUUGAUGAGGAGUGGAGGUCCAAGCCCAAACAUGACGAGCGGAGGAGACCAUACGACAGACCUCACCAUCAGUCUCAGGGGUCUACGGGUCUUCGUCCCCAACAGGGGCGAGUGCAGUGCUAUAUAUGCGGGGACCCUCAUUUGAUGAGUGCUUGCCCACGAAUGGAGGGUUACCGUAGAUGCAACAACUGUGGCAAGGAAGGCCACUUUGGGAAAGACUGUCCCACUCUUGCUAGGGCAGCGACACGCCCUCUAGUUCAGACCCCUCACCAGCACCAGCGGAGAGACAGAGGCAACAAGCCUCAGGCGACAGGCAUGGUGUAUGCCAUGAGCGGGGCAGAGGCUGUGGGCUCAGGUAAUCUUGUUAUGGGUCGAUGCAUGAUAGCUGGUGAAUCUUUGUGUGUACUGUUUGAUUCUGGAGCCACACACUCUUUUGUGUCAAUUGCUUGCGUGGAGCGUCUGGGUCUGUCGGUACGCGAGCUGCAGUGUGAACUUGUAGCAUCUACCCCGGCGUCGGGUCUGGUCAGGACGUCGUCCUUGUGUGCUAGGCUUCCGGUAGAGGUAGAUGGACGCAGAUUGUCGGGAGAAGAGAUUGUUGUUCCCCGACUCGGAGAAGCUCAAGUUGGUGUCUCCUCAGGGAGUGGUAAAGGAGAUUCAGAGUGGCGCACAAUGCUUUAUAAUCUUUGCCCGUAUGGAGAUAGGGGAGAAGGGGGAACGUCGGUCAUACCAGUGGUGCAUGAGUUUGAAGACGUAUUCCCAAAUGAGGUGCCAAGGUUGCCUCCCAGUAGAGAGGUGAAAUUCUCUAUUGAUCUAGUACCGGGGACAAGUCUGGUAUCGAUGGCUCCAUACCGCAUGGCUCUGGCGGAGUUGGUUGAACUUAAGAAACAGAUAGAAGAGCUGAUGGAGAAGCAGUUUAUCCGGCCCAGCACUUCGCCUUGGGGAGCGCUAGUGUUGUCAGUAAAAAAGAAGGAUGGGAGUUCACUGUUUUCGAAGAUUGAUCUACGAUCGGGGUACCACCAGAUUUUGGUAAAGGCUGAUGAUGUACAGAAGACGGCCUUCAGGUCCAGGUAUGACCACUACGAGUAUGUGGUUAUGCCUUUUGGAGUGAUCAACGCCCCGACGAGGCAGUUAGUGGAUGCCAUCCUAAAUCGGGUCAGAGAACAACUUGGGUCGGAUGAAGCCAGAGAAUUUGCUAUGGGUGAUGAUGGCAUACUGAGGUUCCAGGGCAGAGUAUGCAUACCUGACGAUACUAAGGGGAUGAAGAAAGACGUGGCCCUUUUUGUAUCAGCCUGUUUGACCUGUCAAAAGGCGAAGGUGGAGCACCAGAGGCCCGGUGGGAUUCUACAGCCUUUGGAGAUACUAGUGUGGAAAUGA